UCCGUCAACUAAACUCGCCUACUGCAGCGAAUACAGCGACUUCACGUGCUGCUCAUCGCCACAAGACGAAAAUAUCGCCUCGCAGGCUUCACACACAAACAUAUCAGAAGCAAUAGUGGCCAGCGAUGAUCCAGACCUGUGUAUGGAGUACUGGAAAAAUGUUAGUUGUCUGAGCUGCUCGCCGUAUGCGGCGCAUUUGUUUGAUGCUGAGGGUUAUGACACUGCCCAGCGCGCGUUACCUGGUUUGUGUCCAGCGUACUGCCGGUCGUUGUAUGGCGCAUGUCCGAGAGUGGCUGAUGUGAUUGGUGGACGGAGGUUUGUGAGUGAGAGCGAGUUCUGUGAGGCUGCGAGGUUGAGUGAUGUGAGUUAUUGUUAUCCGGAUGUGAAGGAGGUGGAGAGGGCGAAUGUAAGAGAGUUUGGGUCGUUUGGAUGUCUUUGUGUUCAGGAAGUCGUGUCUGGCUUAAGAAAUCCGGUUGUACUAACUCAUGCCGGUGAUGGCAGCAAUCGCUUGUUCAUAGCCGAACAAGUUGGCAUCAUCCACGUCAUGCUACCCAAUAGAACGAUCCUUCCAGAGCCGUUCUUUGACGUCCAAACUCACGUCGUUACAAGCUCGAAACGAGGCGACGAACGAGGCUUUCUCGGCUUGGCAUUCCAUCCAAACUACACGACCAAUGGCUUCUGCUUUGUCUACUACUGCACGCCGACAACAUCCGCCGCCAACCACAAAAUCCGAGUUUCAAGAUUCAACGUUUCUCAACACAAUGACAACCGUUUGGAUCCAACGACCGAGAAAGUUGUGAUCGAAGUCGAUCAACCGGCGGCCAAUCACAACGGCGGGCAGAUUUUGUUCGGCACAGACGGAUAUUUGUAUGUUUUUCUCGGCGAUGGAGGACGGGGUGGAGAUCCGUUUGGAACAAUCGGAAACGGAUUAGACAGACGGACGUUAUUGGGAUCGAUCCUGAGACUCGAUGUUGACACACCCACAGACAUACCAUACGGUAUCCCACCAGACAACCCAUUCAUUAACGAUUCCACAGUGAAAGAGGAGAUUUAUGCGUACGGUGUUCGUAACCCGUGGCGAUGCUCGGUAGAUCGCGGCGACGGCGAGACGGGUGGUGAUCGUGGGAGGAUCUUUUGCGGCGACGUUGGACAGAAUAGAUACGAGGAAAUUGAUAUUUUGGUCAAGGGAGGGAAUUUUGCAUGGAGAGGAAAGGAAGGGUAUCAGUGUUUUGAUGGAGAUCUUUGUGAUGUUAGUGGUAUUGAGGUUGUGCCUAUCCAUGUGUAUGACCACAGUGUGGGCAAGUCAGUGACAGGUGGGUUUGUAUACAGAGGAUGCUUGUUUCCCAAUCUCAACGGCAAGUAUAUCUUUGGAGACUACACAAGCGGGAGAAUGUUUGCAUUGACAGAGAACAAAGAGACUGGAGCAUGGUCAUCCGAGCAACUUUGUCUUGGAGACAGUUCGAUCUGUCAUAGUGGAUUGACAGGGAACUUGGAGAGAAGCAUUUUAUCGUUUGGGGAGGAUGAAGAAGGGGAGCUGUACGUUCUCGUCACUGAUGAUGCAUCUCCCACUCACACCGGAGGCAAAGUCUACCACAUUAUAGACCCAGCAAGACGAGCAGAUCCUGGUAAAUGUGUUAGUGAGAAUCUCCUGAAUUACCCACCAGUCGAGAGUCCAAAUUCGGGUGCAUUGGCUGUGACGUCAUCUCUAUUGAUACUACAACUCGUCGUUCCUCUCUUCAUCUCUCUUUCGUUUGCUUUCUAAAGUGUGAAGAAUGAUGUAUCAGUCACAGCUGGACUGUGGGUUGACAUGAUGCAGUGAAUCAUUGAUGUCUGUGGAGAUAUUUAUAUUUGUUGAUAUUAAUUAAGUGUUUGACAGGAUUGUUUUUAUUAUAUUUCAUGGUGUUGAAGAUUUGUAAGUUGUUGUGUUGGUGGGUUUCCUUACAAUAACUAAGUUUUUAGUAUUGGAAUUAAUUAAUUUCACACACAGAUGGACA